AUAGAUGUGGUCGAAAGCCAAAGUGAAGGAGCAAACUUGAUGGAGACAGGAUGAAUUGUUAACCAGUGAGAGAGAAUUAUAAAGUGACCAGACAACUCUGCUCCUCCAAGUGUUUUAAACUGACAGCUAACUUUUCAACUGCAAGACCAUCUUUUUAGUAAGCAUGACCCGAGAAGAGCCUUACCGAGAAGAGUUCAGUUAUGACCGAAUGUCCACUCUGGAGUGCGGAAGACAGGAUCAGGGAAAUUACGUUCCUGAUAUAAAAUCCAGCGACCUUCAGCUAGCCAAAAGAUUCCAUCCCUGUUUCAGUUACCGAGCUUGGAUCUUUUCCCUCUUGAUGGGAAGUUGCCUUCUUGUGACUUCGGGAUUUUCGCUUUACUUGGGAAAUGUUUUCCCUUCAGAAAUGGAUUACUUACGCUGCGCUGCAGGGGCAUGCAUCCCUACAGCAAUUGUGAGUUUUGCUGUAGCAAGAAGCAAGAUUAACAUGAUUCCAAACUUUCAGAUUUUGUUUGUUUCCACGUUUGCGAUUACAACAACAUGUUUAAUUUGGUUCGGCUGUAAACUGGUCCUGAAUCCAUCAGCAGUUAAUAUAAAUUUCAACUUGAUUCUGCUAAUUCUGCUGGAGAUCUUUAUGGCAUCAACAGUGAUCAUUUCAGCAAGAUCGAAUGAAGAAUGUUUUAAGAGGAAAAAAAGUACCGUAUAUGAUAGCACCAACGUUUUGAACAACGUAAACUUUCCAGCUCGAGUCCUGAAAUCUUAUUCAGUUGUCGAAGUGAUUGUGGGAAUUUCGGCGGUCUUUGGCGGAAUCAUUGCUCUGAACAUGGAUGUGUUAGUCUCAGGCCCUUACCUCUCGGUAACAUUCUUCUGGAUCUUGGUGGCGUGUUUUCCCAGUGCCAUCACCAGUCACGUAGCGGCCGAAUAUCCCAGUAAAUGCUUGAUCGAGGUCCUGAUUGCCAUCACCAGUGUCACGUCUCCGUUACUGUUCACAGCAUCUGGAUACUUAUCUUUCAGCAUAAUGCGAAUCGUUGACAUUUUUAAAGAUUAUCCACCCGCCAUCAAACAAUCCUACGAUGUCCUUCUGUUACUGCUGAUGCUGAUGCUGCUCAUUCAAGCCUGCCUUACUACGGGUACCAUCAUCCAAUGCGUCAGCUACAAAAUCAAUAGGAAGUUGCAAGAUUCGACUUGGAAUGUUCCCCAGAUGAAUAAACAGGAGUACAAAACCAUGGAGGUUUCUAACAACACCCUGAAGGAAUUUGACAAAGACAAAGCGUGGAAGGCAGUGGUGGUUCAAAUGGCCCAGUAACCUGGCCCGGAGGAGGACAGCUAACACAAUCCACUGAACACCGCGUUUGGCAAUUCAACCCAUUUUAACUUUGGCGUUUUUAGGGGCAUCUCGGUUACGCCACCGUAGCGCUUAAAAAGAAACAAUGCAGGUUAUAGAUACCAUUCCCCACGGCAGACGGGUCCCUUGUAGAGGUUUGAUUCCGCCUCGCUUUUAGCAACGUAGGACAUUCCGCUGCUCUUGAAUUCCUUGGAACCUAGACCAUAAACUCCAAAUGCGUUAUUCCCCCAUCCCCGACUGUGAACCAGAUGCAGAAAAUGACAGUCUAGAUCCCAAUAGUGAGUGGGAUGAAUCAAGCUGCUAACUUCAACAGAAAAUUCAUUAUCGUGCCUGACAGGAAAUAAAUAUUUUCUUAAGUUCA